AUGGCAGAGCGGCUAGGCGCCUCCCCCGACAGGGGCAGUGUCGCUGCAGCUGAGGGGUCUUCGACGGCGGCGGCAGCAGCGACAGAGGACUGGUCGUACGUGCCCCUGCCGUCGUCGACCACCUUCGACUACUUCACCGAGCGCUACUACCACCAAUUCAGCAUCCGUGACUGCAAAAAGGUGAAGGGAAACGACUGCCGCAUUCUCCAACACAGCAACGGGUUGUGCGUGCUCUGCCUCGAUCCAAAUCAUGCAGUCGUGCGGCGCUGCGCGCCCGCUGACGCGGGGGUGACGGUGGCAAAGGUGGCGUUCUUCAAGGGUCGCACCGCUAUCGUGCCGGAAAGUAUCCAAGUUGUAGGCAAGAAGAAAAAGAACGCGCUCGUCUGUCAGAAUGACACGAAACUCUGCGGCAUCGUGCUCUCCGACGGGACGGAGUACACGAUCCCCGCCUGCGUGAACGGGUUCGUGCUCGAACUGAACGCGACAUUGCUGGAGCAGCCGUGGAUGGUGGCAGCGGCACCUACUGCCGAGGGUUACCUGGCCAUCAUCAACCCAACUUCCAAGGCAGACUUCAGCGGCUAUGAAAAGAUCUGGACGGCCACCGGCGGUGACGCGGUCGGCGAUGACGAGGAUUGA